AUGUCGAAGCUGUCCAGAGCGGUGAAGUUCGUCAUAGUGAUUUGGUUGCUGGCUUUGUGCCUGGCUGUGCCGCAGGCGAUCCAGUUCGGCGUGGUUUACGAGUACAGCAACGGCUCGGCGAUACUCGACAGCGCGCGAUGCGCGGUGAAGUGGACGCUGAUCGAACACGCGUUCGAGAUAUCCACCAUGCUGUUCUUCGUCCUGCCGAUGACCAUCAUCAUUGUCCUUUACAUACUGAUCGCCAUCAAGCUGAGACGAUCCAGACUACUGACAGCCACGGUGAAGAGGAAGAACCUGCCGGCUGGGCUGAAUCACUGCGACAGCGGCAGAGGGAAGAGUGCCGCGCAGAGGAACGUCAUUCGGAUGCUAGGUGAGUGGAACGUGCUUGUUUUGAUGAGACGCUGGUUAAAAUAGGAAGCUAAGUUUUUUUUUUUUUUUUUUACGUGGAAGAAAUCUUCAUAAGACACUUGAGUCUUUUAAGGAAAGAGUAG